AUGAAGCCACUUAUUUUACUCACCAUUUUAACACUCCACGUGAACUGUCACAACCUCAUUACUCAUUGUGACAAAAUAUACUCGCUGGCAUGUUUUAAACUGGACGCGGCCAACUGGCUGGACCGUUUCGGUAUAAAUCCCGAAUUCAGCGUAAUACCGGGAGUGACUUUCGUCCAGAACCCUGGAAAUGUAAAAGUGCUUAGCAACGAGUUAGAAGAGGAAGUUGCCAGGGAGUUUCCCGACGAUGAGUCUGCCCAAGCCGAUCAGUUUCUCAUAAGAAAAUUGAGGAGUUUCUUGAGUGAUCAUACGGUGAAGUUGAACUUGUACAGUUUGUUUUAUGAAGGUGAUUCGGAGGCGAGAAAAGACAAAAAAGGUGGUGAAAAUGGCGGUGUGAUGAUAGCAGUAGGUGCGAUGAUUAUGGGGCUCUUACUGGCUUUAGCUAUGGGUGGUUUGACCGCUUUAGCUGGAAAAGCUUUAUUAACGGGACUGGUGUCUUUGGUGCUGGCAACUAUAAUCGGUUUGAAAGAGCUGACCAGCGGGAAAACUUACGUGAGUCAACCGGUUCCUGUUUUGCAUGAGGGAUGGGAGCAAUUUGCGCAGAGAAGAGGAGAGAUUGUGAGGGAACAAUAA